AUGCCUCGCAUGAAUCUUGGACUUCCCUACAACCAUUGCAGCCUGGCAUCUGGAUGUCGAGUUAGUUUCCAGUCACCCAACCUCCUACGCUGCGGCGCCUGCCAAGUCGUCAAGUACUGUGGCAAGCCUCACCAAAAGCAGAGAGACAAACUGGCAGCCGAAGAGGCCAAGUUACGCGCCGAGCCGGGCGAAGAUACAGGUGGCGAAAACCCCUUUGACACCGCAGCAGGCCAAUUUUGGUACUUUAAGAGCACUCGCCCUUACAUAUCGGCUCGUUUUGAUCUGAUGUCUGCCAUACUCAACGUUCGCACUGGAGAAGCUGUUCAAGCCGCUCUUGACCAUGCCCUUGACAUGAUCCGCGUUUGCAGAGGUGACAACCAGGGCGUUCGGUCCUAUGUCCCUGCACUGCAUCUACGACUCGGCAAUGAUCAACAGGCAUACGACUUUAUCAAACGGUAUGCGGUCGUGCCUGACGAACAUUAUACAUGGAACGACACAAGCCUGCCAUUCCUCGAUUUGCAUGACCAGGAUGCAUUGGAGCCCGUCUUUGAGAAGACUCACUAUCAUGAUGUCUCUUUCACUGUGGCCCUGACACUCAUCAAGAUCCGCUUGAUGCAGGACUUGGACAGCCUUCAUGCGUUCGUGCUGAGGAACCCCGCCCAGAUCCUGCAGUUGUACAAAAAGGUCAAGGAAGAUAACCCGCAUUUCUGGCCGGGUGUCCUGAACCCAAACCUCUAUGCUUACGAUGUGCCGUCCAUGUAUACUCCUGGAUCGCGAGAGGAGGCUGUGUUGAUCUUUCGCCAGUCGUGGUACUCGUGGUCGGAAACCCAACCCGCUGUACAGUACAUUAGGAGUAUUAUAACCAACGAUAUGUGA